UGGACCUGCCAAGGCUUUGGACCUGCCGGAAUUACGGGAACUACAGGGCGGGGCUACAGCGGGAGCUGGGGCCACACCCUAAGCCCCACAAACCCACCAAGCUGGCCCUGGCUUCCCGGAGAGCAGCUGCAGGGUGCACCCCAAGGAGCCGGCAAUCCAGGCCCGGUUUUGCACCAGGCCCUGCUGAGGUGUUUCCUCCUCCUCCCACUCCUCCUUCGCCUCCUGGCUGCUGGGGCAGCUGCUCUGCUGGGCCACUCAGCCUUAGGCCUUCACAGCUCUUCCCCUGGUCCCUAAGACUCACCCACUGGGGUGCCAGAGCCAUCUAAGAAGGCGGCCUUCUAUACCGGACCCCUACAGGAAGCCACGUAUGCCCAGCUGGGGCACGGCUCCAGCUGAUGCCCCAAAGGAACCACCCAUCUCAGGAGAGGCUUUGGGCCCCGUCCUCCCGCCCCAUGGCGCAUGGCCCAGAGCCUGAUGCUGAGGGACUGUUGGACCUCAGCUUCCUGACAGAGGAGGAGCAGGAGGCCAUUGCCGAUGUCCUCAGACGAGAUGCCCGCCUGCGCCAGCUGGAUGAGGGGCGGGUCAGCAAGCUCCGGGCCUCACUGGCGGAUCCCGGGCAGCUGAAGAUCCUGACAGGAGACUGGUUCCAGGAAGCACGCGCCCAACGGCACCAGCACAGCCACUUCGGUUCUGACCUUGUCCGAGCCUCUAUCCGCAGGAAGAAGAGCUACAGGGGAGACCAGGCUCUGGGCAGCGACCGGGAGGCUGAGGCUGCUGAGAAAAAGACUGAAGAGGAGACAGGGCCCAGGCUCCCCACAGAGGCGGAGGCCCCUCAAGAGAGGCAUGGCCAGACUCUUGGACAUGAAUUCCCCUCACCAUAUGCCCCUCUAAAGGUCUCAGAUCAUGAGGAGCCCCAGAUCCAGGAAGCCCCUGGCCCAGGGGGCGAGCAGGUGGACGCGGUGCCCGAACCUGUACCGGUUUCCGAGCCCGAGCCGGAGCCUGAGCCGGAGCCCGAGCCGGAGCCCGAGCCGGAGGCGAGGAAAGAACCACGGCCCCCGAAGGCCCAGGUCCAAAUGGCGUCCAAGACCCUGGAGAACGGGGAGGAAGCGCCGGGGCCCGGCUGCUCCCUUGACCGCGUGCUCAGCAGCAGCUCCUCGGUGUCCAGCCUCAGCUCCUCCACGCUUAGCGGCAGCCUGAUGAGCCUGUCUGGGGAGGUGGAGGCGGGCACCAUGCAGGUGUGCGGCUCCUUGAACUUCGCGUUGCACUACGAUCCCGGGCCCCGAGAGCUCCGUGUGCACGUGAUCCAGUGCCAGGGCCUGGCCGCCGCCCGGCGACGCCGCUCAGACCCCUACGUUAAAAGCUACCUCCACCCGGAUAAGCAGAGUAAGCGUAAGACAGCUGUGAAGAAACGGAAUCUGAAUCCAAUCUUCAACGAGAUUCUCCGGUACUCUGUCCCUCAGGAUGAGCUCUCAGGCCGAGUGCUGAGCUUAUCUGUGUGGCACCGAGAAAGCCUGGGCCGAAACAUCUUUCUGGGAGAAGUUGAAGUGCCCCUGGACACGUGGAACUGGGACUCCGGGCCCACCUGGCUCCCCCUGCAGCCCCGGACUCCACCCUCUCCUGAGGAGCUGCCCAGCCGAGGUUUCCUCUCUCUGUCCCUCAAGUACAUCCCUGCUGGCUCAGAGGGUGGGGGACAGCCUGUAAGUGGGGAGCUGCACUUCUGGGUGAAGGAAGCUCAGAACCUCGUGCCCCUGCGCUCAGGAUCCCUGGACACUUUUGUGCAAUGCUCAGUGUUGCCUGAUGACAGCCGAGCUGGCCGCCAGCGCACAAGGGUGGUACGACACAGCCUCAGCCCGGUGUUCAACCACACCAUGGUUUAUGAUGGCUUUGGACCUGCUGAUCUGCGCCAGGCCUGUGCUGAGCUCUCCCUCUGGGACCAUGGGGCCCUGGCCAGCCGCCAGCUGGGAGGCACACGCCUCAGCCUGGGUACUGGCAGCAGCUACGGGCUGCAGGUGCCUUGGAUGGACUCCACACCUGAGGAGAAGCAGCUCUGGCAGACACUCCUGGAGCGGCCAUGUGAGUGGGUGGACGGCCUUCUACCUCUCAGAACCAACCUGGUCCCCAGGGCUUAGCCCUACGCAGCCCUUCUCUCAGGACCCCCAACCCUGAGACUGCCCUUGGCUAACGUCAA